GCAUGGUCUAAAGACUCAGCAAUAUCGGAGCAUCAGUUCAAGUACGCCGGUGCUUCCUCGUUCGCCCUCCCGUGCACUCGAUCUCUCCACCGCCCUCCUGCUCCUCCCCCGACGCUGGAGCUCCAUGUAUCAGUCAAUGGAGUCAAAUGCACCACCAUCAUCAAUCAAGAUACUUGUGUUAGGUGGUAAUGGAUUUGUCGGUUCACAUAUUUGCAAAGAGGCUUUGGCACAAGGAUUUUCUGUUGCUAGUCUCAGCAGGUCUGGAAGGUCAUCAAUAAAGGAACCUUGGGCUGAUAAAGUUGAGUGGUACAAAGGGAAUCUUCUUGAACCUGAAUCUUUGAAGGAUGCUAUGAGUGAUGCAACUUCUGUGAUAUCUUGUGUUGGAGGCUUUGGGUCCCCUUCCUACAUGCGCACGCUCAAUGGGACUGCAAAUGUCGAUGCCGUACAAGCUGCUGCUGAAAAUGGUGUAACAAGAUUUGUGUACAUAUCAGCUGCUUCUUUUGGUCUAAUUGACUAUUGUAUACAAGGUUAUUAUGAUGGGCAGAGAGCUACCGAAGCAGAAAUCAAGAAAAGAUUUGCUGAUGGAGGGGUAAUUCUCAGGCCAGGUUAUAUAUACGGAACCCGCCCAAUCGGGCCUUUGAAGAUACGUUUUGGGCGAAUGUGGACACCUUUCGAGAUGGCGUUCUAGCAUACACCGCUACUUCGCAAGAUCCCCAUCAUAGGUCCUUUCUUCACACCCCCAGUUAAUGUUACGAAAGUCGCAAAGGUGGUAGUAAGAGGUGCUACAGAUCCAACGUUUCCUCCCGGCAUAGUCGAUGUCUAUAACAUCAUUAGUUUGGGCAAACAAAAGUGACUGUGGUUUUCACUCUUGGGGUUUAUGAAAACAAGCAUUACUGCAUACUUAUUCCUUGAAUUGGUGGAUGUUACAAUUUGUAUUAUGUAAGCCAUUUGUUUGAGCAGUUACACAUUGUACCUUUCAGAUCA